AUGAGGGACAACAUCAUCAUCAGUGGCUCCACGGACCGAACGCUCAAAGUCUGGAACGCCGAGACCGGAGAAUGUAUCCACACCCUGUACGGACAUACCUCAACUGUGCGCUGCAUGCACCUACACGAGAAAAGGGUGGUGAGUGGCUCGCGGGAUGCGACACUUCGAGUUUGGGACAUAGAGAGCGGUCAGUGUUUACACGUGCUGAUGGGCCACGUGGCCGCGGUACGCUGUGUGCAGUACGACGGCCGCCGGGUGGUCAGCGGAGCCUACGACUUCAUGGUCAAAGUGUGGGACCCCGAGACGGAGACCUGCCUCCACACGCUGCAGGGGCACACCAACAGAGUCUACUCUUUACAGUUUGACGGCAUCCAUGUCGUGAGCGGCUCGUUGGACACGUCCAUCCGGGUGUGGGACGUGGAGACGGGGAACUGCAUCCACACGCUGACCGGGCACCAGUCUCUCACCAGCGGCAUGGAGCUCAAAGACAACAUCCUGGUGUCGGGCAACGCAGACUCUACCGUCAAGAUCUGGGACAUCAAGACGGGCCAGUGCCUGCAGACGCUACAAGGUCCACACAAGCACCAGAGCGCCGUCACGUGCCUCCAGUUCAACAAGAACUUUGUCAUCACCAGCUCAGACGACGGCACGGUCAAGCUCUGGGACCUGAAGACCGGCGAGUUCAUCCGUAACCUGGUGACCCUGGAAAGCGGCGGCAGCGGCGGUGUCGUGUGGCGCAUCCGGGCCUCCAACACCAAGCUGGUCUGCGCGGUGGGCAGUCGCAACGGCACAGAAGAGACCAAGCUGCUGGUGCUGGACUUUGACGUGGACAUGAAGUGA